CCCAGUCCAAAUAUCAACACGAACAGUGUUUCUUACUUACAGACAUGGAUCUCAUGGUGAUCCAUAUUCAUGUUCAUCACUAUUCAGUUUAAAGCGCUUCACAGGCGGAGGGUGAGGUCAAUAUUGGCAGAAUCAUCCACAUCAGUAGUUGUAGAGAGAGCAUCGAGAGUUGAAACGCCCAGAAAGCUCCGAGGGACCGAGCUGGAAGGAGGGUGCUCCUGCUGCUGCGGUGGUGGCUGGAAGGGUUCCAACCACCUCUCAACAGACACUGCUGCACCUGCCGGGUGGUCCACGCUCGGGAAGCCGGAUGGUUUCGGGAAGCAGCGUGGAACUGAGGAAGUGGGUGAUAUUGUUGCUGGUUGGCGGCCGGACAGUUUCCGUGAGCAGCGGGGAGCUGAGAAAGUGGGUGGUAUUGCUGCUGGUCGGCGGCAGGAUAGUUCCGGGCAGCAGCGGGCAACUGAGGAAGUGGUUGGUAUUGCUGCUGGUCGGUGGAAACUGAGGAAGUGGGUGGAAUUGCUGCUGGUUGGCUGCCGGAAAGUUUCCGCGACCAGCACCUCGCUCGCGCUUGUGAGCGUUCUGAUGGCCGCCCAGAGCUUGGUAGGUGUCGAAGAUCCGUCGACAGUAGAGGCAAGGAAAACGUUGCGCAGAUGAGGUGGUAGAUGGAGGUGCUGCAUGCCUGGUAGGUUCGGUUGCAGAAGGCUGGCUCUGGCUCAAGAAGUUGUUCCUGGAGGGGC